AUGUUAGCAACCUCAACGAUGAAUAAUCUAAUACCACAGAAGGUAAAUAUAACACAUGCGUUACAAUCCAGCGUAAUAGAGAAGAUGAAGUUGGACAUUAAGCAAUUCCAAAGCAUGCCUGAGCUGAAACAAGAUCAGAUGGAAGUAGUGGAUAAUUAUAUAGAUUCCUUAGAUUCAGCUUUCACUCAAUUUUGUAUGGAUAACGAUCAUGUGGAGAAACGUAAAGAUGGUGUGACUGAUGCUGAUGUAGAGCUGUAUGAAGGUUUAAAACGGAUGUAUUUAAGUUACAUGAGCCAGCUUGCAGAGAUCAAAAAGGAAAGGAUACAAAAAGACCAAGAAGUCAGCAAAGAUAAGCCAUUGGAAUAUAUACAACAAGAACUACCAUACUUACAGCCUUCAGACAGAUCUGCUUUUAUCAAAGAAUUAUUAGAAAAACCUUCGUUGUCACUUACUAAAGCAGAUGAUUUGUUAAAAGCAGUGCAAAACCUAGCUAUCAUAGAUGGGACAUUGAAAGAUAACUUAAAAUUAUACCAUGAUCUUCUUCUGAAGGUAGGCUACGAAGAAUUUCAAAUUAAUGAUAUACUUCCGCAUGUUGAAAAUAAUUCAGAAGCAAUAAUACCUCCAGAAAAGAAUCUAAUACAAGAAAACUUAAUUCAAGAUUUUGACACCAAUGAAGACAAAAAGAAAAUCUCUUUCUCUAAAUAUUUGAAGAAAGAUGGCAAAGAUGGCAGAGAUUCGAAAGAUAUUAAUGGCUCACUAAAGCGGUCUCUUACGCCUGAGCCAACGGAAGAACAUCAUAUAGAAAAAAAAGUUAAAAAGGAUAGUACAAACACCAGCGGAUUGGUAUCAAUUCUCAAGAAUGAAAAUAAAAAGAGAAAUAGAAUUUUCACGGGCAUCAGAUUUGUAGAUGAUUCAAAAUUAGUCACAAUUUUUGGAGAUGGUCUUCCCAACGACGGACUGAUUGCUUCUCCAAAACAGCUGAAAAAAAUUCUAAAGCCAUUUAAGGAUGGUGAACCUGCAGAAUUCAUUUUAGAAGGGUGGAAUGGUCAUGGUGCGCGUCCACUCAUUAUUGAAAUUAAAGGAGUUAAAAAUUCAGAUAUCAGCGAAAUUAAAAACGGACCUGUCAAACUUUCGACCCAAGCUCCCUCUUCCCUAAUGAAGAACUUCACAUCUUUUAGUCCUGAUUUAAACAAACCUGCAUUGGAACCUGUCCAUAUCGAAGAAGAAGAAGAUUCAUCCAAAUCCAAAAAGAAACAGAGAGCCCCUAUUGUGGCUCGUGCAUUUGGCAAGAAUUCCUUACUACUAAGGAAAGAUCGGGGAGGAUUGCCAUACAAGAGAGUCCCUGAAGUUAAUCCAAAUACAUAUCCAAUAAGGCCGAAUACGUCAGAAAACGAUGAUACGUAUGAGCUUUUCGAAUGA